AUGGUAAUGGAUGAAGACAGCCUGAUGAUCCACAUCAAUAAAAAUGUCUAUGAAGUUCUCCAGGAAAGAGAGGGCUGUCUGAGAACCCUCAUUCAGAACAAGUUUGCUUGUACGUUGACCUUCGAAAGUACAAAAUGCACUGGUGAAGUAUACAGGAAAACACUAAAGCAGGGAACUGACAUUUGUGUUUGUAAGGAUGAUCUCACAAAGCACCAGGCCGAUGCUUUGGUGAAUGCAGCCAAUGAGCGUCUUGAUCAUAUAGGAGGCCUUGCUUUAGCCCUUGUGAAUGCCGGAGGGCCAGAAAUACAAGUGGAAAGCCAUCGUCAUAUUCGAGAGUCUGGAAGACUCUCAGCUGGCAAAAUAGCAGUGACAAGUGGAGGGAAGCUUCCUUGUAAGAAAAUUAUUCACGCAGUUGGUCCAAGGUGGGAAGCUUAUGAAAAGGAAAAAUGUUGUCUCCUGCUUCAGGAAGCUAUUGUGAAUGUUCUGAAGUAUGUUAGUGAUGAGAAAAAUGCUGUCAAGUCUGUGGCUAUUCCAGCAGUGAGUUCAGGUGUUUUUGGCUUCCCACUCGGUUUGUGUGCUCAAGUGAUUGUAAUGGCUAUAAAGGAGUUUGUUGAGAACCAUCAACCAAGCUGUCUCAGGGAAAUCCGCCUGGUGGAUGCUUUUGAGCCUACAGUUGCAGAAAUGAAGAAGGCCUGUGAAAAGUUUCUAGGUGACACCAGUUCACUUCAGCAAACUCUUUCGGCUUCACCAAGCCAGCCUUCAGCUUUCAUCAAGGACGGAGGCAUUCGCCUGCGUAUCAUAAAAGGAGUCCUUGAAGAGCAGAAGACUACAGCUGUUGUUAAUUCUGUGUCUGUGAGUGGCGAGCCUUACCAGGCAGUUUCACGAGGACUGCUGCAAAAAGCAGGUUCAGCUCUUCAGGAUGAACUUACACGUCAGUUUAGACACGCUACGUCUUACAAGGAACUCAUAGUAACAGAGGGGUAUAAUCUGCCCUGUGAGUUUGUCCUGCACAUUGUAUGGCCGCUGUACCGUCACAGGGUAUUGCUGUGUGAGGCAUUAAGUUCUGCAGUGAGAAGAUGCCUGAAUCAGUUUCGGGACCGGCCAUCUUCCUCCAUUUCUUUUCCACCAAAUGGGAUUUGGUCAUUAAUGCUGCCUGUUGAUCUAGUGGCAGAGAUCAUGAUCAGAGAGGUUUUAAAUUUUGGCAGGGAACACCCGGAGAAGAAGAUGGAGGUGCAGUUUGUCUUUAACGUAGAUGACUACGAAGCCUAUCAGGUUUUCCAGAAAAAAUUUUACGCAGCAGAACAAAAACUGGAUAAAAAGGAGUAUUACAACAGAAGUGAUCAUUUGAGUACAGGCAGUAAAAGCGUACAAGAGACUGCAAAUAACGAGCCAGCUAUUAAACUUAGAGGGAAGACACGUACAGCAUUGGAAGCAGCAGAAUCAUGGAUCCAAAGCGUAGUACAAAUUUGGAAAAGUCACCAAGCUAUUAUUGAAAACAACUUCAUUUUUAGCCUCGGUAAAAAAGAGUUUGCAGAGUUAUCUCAAGAGCAGUGUUCUAGCGUAUGUGUAGAGGAAAAAGUGAGAGGUGGAAGAGCCAGACUGGAAUUCCAGGGCCCUCCUGAUGCUGUGAUUGAUGCAGUGCUCACAACUGAAAAAUUGCUGCUUCGUAUGCAAGAGGAGACUAUAGCCGAACAAAAGAAACUGCUGGACAUAUUUGGCCAACAAAGAGGAGGUCAGCUUGCAGAAGGACAGCUUCACAAGACAAAUACUACUCAAAGCAUCAAGAUUUCAGUGGUAGAAUCACACCUUCAGGACUUUAAAGACAGAGAGGAACAGUUUGAAAAAGCUGGGCUUCAAGUUCUCAAGGUAAAGAGGAUAUUAAUGAAAAAAUAA